CUAAGCUUACGACAUGCCUGUUUCAAGAUGAAACAUCUCCAAUUAAUGAAUAUAAACAAGGACGGAGGUAUGCAUCUUUAAUGAAAAUACCAAGUCCUGCUCAUGUAGCUGUUGCGACGAUACCGGACGAAAUUGCAAACAGAAUUUUCCAUAGU